AUGCCUAUCCCCAGUGCCGCUGACCGCCGGUCGGUCCAGCAACUUGCGCAGUGCGAGUCCAAGACGCCUCGAUCCUUAGGGGGUCGCAUCAAGGACAAAGGAAGGAAAUACUUUCACCAGUUUAAGCCUCCCGGUUUAUUCCAUUCAUAUACCAAGGAGCUGGGCAUGGUGCGCUGGAUGUCGGAUCCGCUCAAAGAAAAGAUGACUGGCUUCCGUCGAGAGGUCGCUCCUGUUCCCGAUGAAGAGGACCGACUUGCGAAACUAGAUGCAAAGCUGCUUCAAGAUCCCCCUCCUGAGUACCGGGCCACAAACGUUACACAAGGGCAGCAAACCCUUCCUCAACUUGGGUCCGAGCGACCGUUGUCCCUCGGGUUACAACAGACAGAGAGCAUGCCCCUUCUUAGGGCUGAGACACCAACAAAAAAAUCACAGAGUAUUUGGCAAUUGCCAGAUAGGUUGAAGGGAUACAAAACAUCGUUAAGGAGCGUUACACGCCGUGAGCGAAGAGUCACGUCGGCUCCAGUUGGCCACUUCUCAUACAACCCAGAGUCGACGGACACGGGUAUCGGCACUCAAUACGGAUCUGCAAACAAAUCGACAACAGCGCUGCAGUCUGAUUCAAACGACUUGGAAAUGUCGAAUUCACGACCCGACACUCCAGACAACGUCCAAGACGACAGCGAAGAACCAGCCGAGGACCUAUAUAGCCACCCACAAACAUCUACAAACUCCUUUCAACCACUCUCGGUAGGAAGCGGUCCAUGCGACAGUGGCUUCUUCUCGGCUACUACAGACAACCCCUCAGAGCGUGACCUACCCAUACGAAGGGCAUCUAACGACACUGUCCAAAACUCCAUCGCAGAGUCCAUCUUCAGUUGGACCAGACCUUCAUCAACCAUCUCGUCAGCGACCAGCAACUGGGAGGCCCUUGGCAGGACUAGCUCACAAGCCACGCGGGCGUCUGUGUCGAGGAAGCACCCAUACAUGAUGCCUUCUUCCUCCGUCAAUAAUAGUCGAGACUCACACCGCCUUAAUCGGGAACACGACCUAGAAGACUAUCCUCUUCCCAUUAUCCCCGUGCAAAGAUCCAACACUGCGACACCCCCGCGUCCAAUCUCUUCCUGGAUAGCCUGUCUGGAUCAUUCAGUGUCAGAUCAAGUAACUGCCGCAGGAUGGGUGGCCCAACAACGUCGCAUCCACAAGAACCGCAUGCCGGAGUUGUACAAAGAGGGUGUAUCAAUUGACGAGGAGCCUGAAGACCUUCCAGACCCUGACGAGUGCCCAGAGGACAAGAUCGAGACUGCCAGCAAGUCAGGCUUGAGCACCAUCGACGAACAGGGCUCGGAGGCUGGAUGCUCCCACCACGAUGUCGCUUCCUUGCGACCGCAAAGCUCGAGCGAACAAACCGAUAAUGGAUACCUCUCGAUCCCGCGAAAUGGACAAGUUCGAGACACGCCGUCGUCUCCGGAGACUGACAACAUGACAUCUAUCGACUCCAUCUGCUCCAAGGACCAGAUGGACCAGGAUACACCCGGUACCUCUGUUGCAGACCAUCCUGAACUCGACCUUCUGGAUGAGAUUGACUCGAGCGAUGCGGAUGAGUCCAUGUCGGAGGUUUCACAUGAGACGGACGAGUCUUUCCAUGAGGCCUUUGAUGCGACAUCACUGGACCCUGCUCUUUUGGCAGCCGCAAUUACAUUGAAGGACCGUAUCGCAUCGCUUGUACUGGCCAAAGUCAUCGAGUGGAUGAGAUCGUGUUCCCCUGGACAGUCCUCUGGUAACGAUUCGCCCGACUUUGGUGGUGGUGGGAAUGGUGAUGGUGGUGGGGGAGGAUCAGGUGGCCGUGGUGCCGGGAAGAAGAGGGGACGCGAAGACGGCGACGGAGCAACCGGCCCCGGUAGAGGAAACGACGGUGAUAAGGACAAACGUCGAAAGACAGAGAUCACGCCGGCAGAAUUGGUCCCGAACCUCGCUUGCCCGUUCGUGAAGGGGUAUCCCAACAAGAAGUGGCCAUGCUGUGAGAAGAAGGGCUGGCCAAGUGUCCACAGGAUCAAGGAGCACAUUUAUCGAAGGCACAAGGUACCCGUUCAUUGCGACCGGUGCUUCAGCACAUUUACGACCGAAAAGUUGCUUAAGGAUCAUCGCCGCGAAGCUGUCCCCUGCAAAGUCAACGAACCUUGCGAGAUGAUAGGGAUUGACGCUGAGAUGAAGGAGCGUUUAAAGUGCAGAAAAGGAAUAAAGAACGCGACGGAAGAGGUCAAAUGGGAGCACAUGUACAAGAUCCUGUUCCCCGAGCACGAGAAGAUCCCAUCUCCCUAUUGCGACUUGCAAACGUUGGAAGCCUCGAUGACCCCCGAGGUUCGAGCACAAUACCGGAGCUUCAUCCGACGCGAGGUCCCCGACCGAGUUAUCCGCGAAGUGAGCGACCGUCUUCGCAACAUGCCCGAGUUCCAGUUCAAUCCUCAGAUACCUGAGAGGAGGCUUUUUGAGAUGAUAUCCACCUCGGUCUGGAACGCCUUCGAUACGGUGAUGCCGAGCAUGACGUCGCAAACUGGCCUACCAACCGGUCAAUCCACGCCAGACAUUGAUGCUGCAACUCCCGAGGAGCAGACUCAAGAGCCACCAGCGACAGAACGAAAUCAAGAGCCGGCUUCUAGAGAAGCAUCGUUCAACUGUUUACCAAGCUCAGCUGGUACCUCGGCAGCCCACUCGUCUCAAGCCCAUUCUACAGAUCAAUCGGGCACACAGCCAAUCGUCCUCGGAGCAGCGAUAAUGAGUGAUCGCUCAUCCUUACAAUUUCACCAGCCAACCGAGUAUACACCGGCACCGUCGCAAUUUGACAGCUACACGGAGUUCUUGGGAUAUGACUUUGAUCCUGACAACCUGUUGCCUCAAGAUCCGUUUGGGGGAACCACCACGCGCUUACAGCCGUCAUGA